UCUCUCGUUUUUUACCUCAGUCGAGUCUGGAAGUUGGUCGAGUGAGGUGGUUGAUUGGUUGUUCUUUAGUCUUUUUGUUAACUAAUUUAAAUUUCAAUUAAUUUGUCCACUUAAUUAAUUGAAUUGUGUCACGUUGGGUCGACGUUUUGGAGACGUUUCGAAAAUGGAGUCGGCGAGUCAAACAAGUGGUGGCCGGUCUCGGUCAAAAACCAACAAGGCGGGGACACCAGCCGUAGAGCUGGGCGAUGACCGUGGCGCCAGAGGAGAUGAAUACAGCCAAGAGGAAGAAGAAAAGCGUGCCGGAUGCGAUUCUUCGACUGGUCCUCAGGAGAAAAAUUGUGGUGAUGUCGCUGGAGGAAAGUCGAAAAUUGAUCAAUGUGGAUGUCCCUUCAAGAAUGAUCAGAUUUACAAUGUGGCUGGAUGGGUGGUGCAACUGGUCGUAUUCGGAAUGGCCGUGGCGACUCUGCUCUACCGAAAGAGCGUGUGGAUCGGGCGGCAAUGGGCGAUGAAGGGGGAAGGCCACAUUGUCUCCAAGUUUGUCGUCAUCCUACUUUUCUUGCAUGCCAACAAUUGUCUCCGCUGGGCUGGCGAGGUGGCGAAAACGGUGGACCUACUUCUGGAUGCUUUUUCGAUGCGAGGAAGGAACAGGGCGGGGGAAAAUCCGGGUUGGUUGAAGUUCUGGCACGCCAUGAGGAAACGGACUUAUCCAAAGAUUGUUACAAAUCCCAUCGUUAUCUACGGCGCGGUCACCUUGUGGAACUGGGUUUGGAUCAAUUACGUCUGCAAAACUCUUCAUGACCGUUCCUGCACCAAGACGGACUUUGGAAAGAUGUUGUUCGACUAUCGACAAGAGUUCUGCUACUACGAGAACACUCCCGACGUCAUGUGUGACAAGCUGAUGGCCUCCAUCCCCGCCAUCCUGCUCACCGUCGGAACAUCAAUCAUGGCCUACGUCAUCCAAUACUAUUUCAACCGCCGGCUUUCCAACUUCUUCUCGGCCCGAUUUUCAACUGCGCCCAUUGAAACCAUCACAAUUUCCGAUGAUGAAGAUCAAGAACUCGUUGAUGGAAAUGUUCGAACUGCUACGACCCCUGCUCGUGAAGUCCCGAUGGAUGAAGAUUUAGAUGAAACUUUGGAUAUGGAUGAGGGCGUUGAGAUUGAACCAAAACCGGCCGGGAAAGCUUCUUCCCCGUCGCCUGCUAAGAGUCGUGACAGUUCGAAAGGUGCUAGCCGAGCUACUCAGGCUACUCUUGGUAAUAAAAAACAAAAGAAGCGUUCCAAAUAAGAAGAUCCUCAAUUCUACCUUUUUAUGAUUAAAUUAACCCUUAAAUAUUUAAAAACAUCUUAACUAACUAUAAAUAUCAACAAAUACUCUGUUUUCUGUCUAUUUUGGUUGUUCAAUGUAUUUCAAAUAUGUUUUAAAUGCUCUCGCUUUGUUUACCACUUCUUAGUUUUCAUAUCGAGAUAUUUCUAAAUGUUUUUUAUUAACAAUUUUAUCCUGUUUUUUCAACUUGCUUUUGGUUGACCUAUUAUAUUAUAUUAAUUAAUAUUCGUUGAAUUUUGUUUCAUUAAUUGAGAAUUGUUUUCCGUGAAUAAAUUAAAGACGGAUUUUGUUUAGUGACAUGUUUGAA